AUGUCUGACGAUCGAAUGGCCCCUCCCCCCGGUGGACGACGAGUCUACUUGGGUCGUCUCCCUCCCAACACUGAAAAGAAGGAUGUCGAAGACUUCUUCGCCCCCAUCCAGUUCACUGACUGCCGUAUCAUGGGACACUUUGGUUUCGUCGAGUUUGGCAGCCCUGAGGAUGCCGAUGACGCUGUCGCUCACAAUGCCCGAAAGCCCAUGCUCGGAGCCGACAUCAUCGUCGAGAAGGCCAAGGAGAACUCUCGUCCUCGACGAGAGCCCGGCGGUUACGACUCGUACGGCGGUCCUCCUCCUCCUAGACGAGGACCUGCUCCCGGUCGAGGCGUUCGGCUUACCAUUCGAGGUUUGAGCCCGGACGUCAGCUGGCAGGACCUGAAGGACUUCGGUCGUGAGGGUGGUGCCGUCAUCUUUGCUGAUGUCAACCGUGCUGGAGAGGGUGUCCUCGAGUACGCCAGCUUGGGUGAGGCCGAGCAGGCUAUGGACCGUCUCUCCACUCAGACCAUUCGUGGUGCAAAGGUCGACAUCAUCAUUGACGACGCGCCUCCCCGAGGUGGACCUCCUCCCCGAGACUACGACCGUGGAUACGACCGUGGUGGUCGUGGUGAUGACCGAGGCGGAUACGGUGGCCGAGACAGCUACAGGGACCGUCGAUCCCCUCCUCCCCGUCGAGACUAUGGCGGAAGGUACGACGACCGAGAGCGUGACCGUGACUACCGUGACCGUUCUCCUCGUCGGGACAGGGACAGGUCGCCCCCUCCUCGAUCCAGGGACUACGACCGACGAAGCCCUCCUCCUCCUUCCAGGGAGAGGGACCUCCCCCCUCCCAGGCGUGGCGAUGAUCGCGAGUAA